UGGUCAGGUACAGACAGUCGCUCGUGCAAGUGUAGGGGCUUGGCACUUUCAUCACAAUCUUGGCUCAAGUGAUAACAUUAAUUUUCCUAGCUUUCAUUUAGGCGAGGGAUUUUGAUAUGUUACGUUUUCACGUUGGGAAUACAAACUAAAUGCUUCAGAGAAGACCAAAUUUGUGCAUUCAGAAUGUUUCAUGCCAGAAACGGACAAUGACGUUCUCAUUAAUACGCAUUCCAUCGGAAUGAAUAGCAGCUGGAAGUGCGCUGAACACAAUUUUACUGAAUGCUUUUAAUCCAUCAAUUAUAACAUACAGACACAAAAUAGGAUGGGAGAAACUACCUUCAAAUGAAUUUUACAACACGGGUCGCACGUCGCUAGGUUGAGAAAGAUGAAGUUUUUAUAAUAACAAGAUAAUUGUAAAUGAAAGUAAGGCGAUAUUUAUUCUGUCCAGCUCUAGGGAAAAGUUUAUCACGUGUGUAAACUUCUCAAUAAACAGGAUUCUGAGGGAACUUCGAAGCCACGUACACCAUACCGAUGACAAAUACUGCUGAAGGCUUCAGGGUGGGGCCUAGCAAGCGGUGGGGCAAGGGGGAGUUCUGGGGUCUGUCCUCGGACUACGACCCCGACUGGGGUCUGAGCGAGCGCCAGAAGAGGCUCAGGGACGACCUCAUUGAGGUCUGCAGGCUCAAGAUCAGACCUCAUGCGGUUCACUGCGACCAGACGUACACCUUCCCCCGCGAGAGCCUGGACGCCCUCGCCUCCCUGGGGCUGCUGGGGCUCAUCGUCCCCCAGAAGUUGGGGGGUCUGGGGGAGACCCACCAAUGCGCUGCCAUGAUCACCGAGACCCUGGCAAGAUACGGCUGCCCUUCUACGGCCAUGGUCUACAUCAUGCACCUUACUGCGGUGGCUUUGCUGCUCAUGCGACACCACAACAACGAGCGCAUCACAGAUCUGCUGACGAGGCUUGACAGCGACGCGCUGGUCGGGACUUUGUCGUACUCCGACCCUGCUACAGGUGGUCACUUUUGGUCGAGUGUUUCGUCCAAGUGUCGCUACGUGGACGACAUUCACGUCAAGAUUUUGAAGUACGGCUCCUGGGUGACGUCAGCGGGCUACGCUGACUGGUACGUCAUUCAUACGAUCGCACCUGACUUCCGGAGGAACUACAGUCAUACUUCGCUGUUCCUCGUCUAUAAGGACGAGGUUCGGUCCAACACCGAAGACUGGCGAGCCCUCGGCAUGCACGGCAACCACUCGGGGCCUCUCAUCGUAGAGGGAACCUUCAGCACCGACCGCCUCAUCGGCCAGCAGGGUGAAGGCCAGAAGCUAUCGAGCGAGGCAUCAUUGACAAACUUCCAGCUGAACACCUCGGCGUGCUGGAGCGGCAUCGCGCUCGCCUGCAUCGACCUCACCAAGAAACACGUGACGCGCAAAGCCCACGCCGACAUGGGCAUGAGAGUUUGUGACUACCCCACCAUACAGGACUACUUCGGGGAGGUGGUGAGCAGCACCAACGCUGUGCGGAGCAUGUGCUUCCUGGUCGCCCAGGCCCUGGACAGCGCCACUGAAAAUAAUAACUGGGACAAGCACCGGGACUUGGACCACUUGCCCAGAUCGAAGCUUCUGCACUGGUUGUGGCAGCUAAAGUUCUGCGCCGCACGCAACGUUGGUGAAGUUUCCGACACGAUGCUGCAUGCGUGUGGCGGCAGCGGCUACAAGACCGACCUGGGACUGGAGCGUCUCCUGCGCGACGCCAAGGCGGGCUGGGUCAUGGGACCUUCCAAUGAAGUCCUGCGGCAGUACAUCGGCAACUCCAGCCUCCUUGGCUUAGAAGCUAUUGACUACUGGGAGAGGAAGCCGAACGAGCGCAAGAUCCACCACGAGCUCGGCAAGAUGAGCGUGAUGCAGAAGAAGAAAUUGGUGGAGCAGCUGAGCGCCGAGGUGGCGCUGGAGGAGAGCGGGACAUGUCCCAACCAUCCCCACCAGGACCAGGACUGUCGCUCUGACGUCACCGACAAGAUGGCGGCCUUCGUCUUCGAGUUGCCCAACCCCACAGACUUCACGGGCCUCUUGCCCGGCCAGUACCUCGAGAUCAAGGCGGUGGUGGACGGCAAGCCCCACACGCGCUACUUCAGCCCCACGUCGCCGCCCCAGCACGUGGGGCGCGUGGAGCUCGUCAUGCGCUUCGAGACGAGUGGCAUCAUGAGCAAGUUCUUCGUUAGCCUCAAGCCUGGGGACUUGGUCGAGUUCCGGGGUCCCUGUGGGGGCUUCGAGUACGUGCCCAGGAGCUUGGCAGUGCUGACCAUCCUGGCCUCCGGUGGGGGCAUCACCCCGGGCCUGCAACUCAUUUAA